AUUAGGAGAAGUGCAAUAUCUAACAACCUUAUAUGAUUUUAGGCUUUAGAGUCUGACUGAGAAAGCAAUUCCGAUCCCUCUUUUGGGUUUGUUGUGUUUCGAAUCAUCGUCUUCGCCUAACUUUUUCUCCUUCAAUUUCUCAGAUGUGGGCUGCUUCAUGCCUUGCAUCGUGCUGUGCGGCGUGCGCCUGCGAUGCGUGCCGCACGGUGGUUUCGGGGAUAAGCCGGAGGUCUGCAAGGAUAGCCUAUUGUGGACUAUUUGCCCUUUCUCUGUUUGUUUCGUGGAUCCUCCGUGAGGUUGCCGCCCCUCUCAUGGAGCAGCUGCCUUGGAUCAAUCAUUUUCACAAAACACCCAACAGGGAAUGGUUUGAAACAGAUGCGGUGCUGAGGGUCAGCUUGGGAAAUUUUCUCUUUUUCACUAUCCUAUCAUUUUUAAUGAUUGGUGUUAAAAAUCAGAGGGAUCCUCGUGAUGGUUUGCACCAUGGUAGAUGGAUGAUGAAAAUUGUCUGCUGGUUCAUUUUAGUUAUUUUGAUGUUUUUUGUUCCUAAUGAGAUUAUCAGCUUUUAUGAGACGAUAUCAAAGUUUGGCUCAGGACUGUUUCUUUUGAUUCAAGUUGUGCUUUUACUUGACUUUGUUCAUGGAUGGAAUGACAAAUGGGUUGGAUACGAUGAGCAAUUUUGGUAUGUUGCUCUGUUUAUUGUUUCACUUGUUUGCUAUUUGGCGACAUUUGGCUUUUCGGGACUUCUCUUUCACUGGUUCACUCCAUCUGGACAGGAUUGUGGACUCAAUACCUUCCUUAUCGUGAUGACCUUGAUUCUUGUCAUUUUGUUUGCCAUAGUUGCACUGCAUCCUGCAGUUGGUAGUAGCAUUUUACCAGCAUCAGUUAUAUCACUGUAUUGCAUGUACCUCUGCUACAGUGGGCUUGCAAGUGAACCAAGAGAUUAUGAAUGCAAUGGUCUCCACAAGCAUUCUAAAGCAAUUUCUACUGGCACUGUGACUGUUGGCCUGCUUACCACUAUCCUUUCUGUUGUCUAUUCUGCUGUUCGAGCUGGGUCUUCUACAACUCUACUAUCCCCACCAAGUUCACCUCGUGCAGGUGGUGGAAAGCCAUUACUUCCAUUGGACAAGGCUGAUGAGGAGGAGAAGGAGAAGAAUAAGGCAGUGACGUACUCGUACGCCUUCUUCCACAUCAUUUUUUCUCUGGCAAGUAUGUACUCAGCAAUGCUUUUGACGGGAUGGUCUACCUCAGUUGGGGAGAGCGGGAAGUUGGUAGAUGUAGGGUGGCCAUCUGUGUGGAUACGGAUUCUAACAGCCUGGGUAACUGCAGCUCUCUAUAUGUGGUCUCUCCUUGCUCCUAUUCUCUUCCCAGACAGGGACUUCUAAGUCUCUCUAAAACAUAAGUUGUCGGAUAUCUUUGCAAUAAAUUUGCUCUGUAUAUGUAUGUUUGUAUGUGUGUGGGUGAUCUGAGAUGGAUUUGCAGUCAACAAAUUGAUGUUGGAUAUUUAUUGUUGCAGUAAAGUUACUGUAUGUCUGACGGUCUGUGACAGAUUGGAUUACACCCCCCACUGAUAUACUAAGAACCUUCUUGAUUGUAUUAUCUUUGUGUAAUUAUUGCAAGUUUAAUAAGAAAAGGCAUGAUAUUCAUUUAGUA